CGAUCAUGUGACUUACUAACCAACAGGCGCCUACUCUAUGGUUUUUCAGAAUCGUACGGCCGUUACCAUUGAAUAGAAAGGAGCAGCGAGAGCGGCCGCGCGGGGCAUGCCGGGACGGCUAUUUGGCGGCAGGCGCUGAUUCCUCCAGACCGCGCACAGCAGUGUGUAGCUACACAGGCCUCUCUGUACCACGGGCUCGGAGCUCAGUGUCCCCCUCGGUGAGGGGAGGAGGGGUCCGGUUAUUAUUUUUAUAAUAAGAGAACAAAAUGCCGAAUUUCUGCGCUGCCCCGAACUGUACGCGGAAAAGUACCCAGUCCGACCUGGCCUUCUUCAGGUUCCCCCGGGACCCGGACAGGUGCCAGAAAUGGGUUGAAAACUGCAGAAGAGCCGACUUAGAAGAUAAAACACCCGAUCAGCUGAAUAAACAUUACCGACUGUGUGCCCAGCACUUUGAGGAUUCCAUGAUCUGCAGAAGUAGUCCCUACAGGACCGUCCUUCGAGAAAAUGCCAUUCCCACCAUAUUUGACCUUACGAGUCACCUGAAUAACCCGGGGAGGCGCAGGAAGAGAAUCAAGGAACUGACUGAAGAGGAGAUUCGGAUGCUAAAGGAACGAAAGUAUGACGCUGUAGUUCCAGAUCAAGAAAAUCAUAAAUCUAAUAAUGACCUUGAAGUACACCAAGUGGAGGUAGUACAGUUAGGUCAAGGACCAACGUUAACGGCAGAAGAAAAGGAAAACAAAGACUAUCUGAAGUCCCUGUUUGAAAUUUUAAUACUAAUGGGCAAGCAAAAUAUUCCUUUGGAUGGUCAUAACUCUGAAGUCCCCACAGGGGUUUUUAUACCCGAUAGCUUCCAGGCUUUGCUGGAGUACAGGAUCAAUUCUGGAGAUGAAAUUUUGAGGAAACGAUUUGAGACGACCGCUGUGAACCUGGAGUACUGCUCCAGAACACAGCAGAGACACAUGUUAGAGAUAUGCGAGAGCUGCAUACGAGACGACAUACUCCGAGAGGUCCGUGAUGCCAAUUUCUUUUCCAUUGUUACGGAGGAUGCCGUCAGUUUAGGUGGGGAGGAGCACAUGCCUGUAUUUGUUAGGUUCAUAGAUGAAACAAAUAACCUCAGAGAAGAGUUUAUUGGAUUUCUAACUUGCGAAGGUGACGCUAAAACCUUGGCCUUAAAUUUCCACACUACUCUGACAGAAAAGUGGGGCCUAAACAUGGAAUUCUGUCGUGGGCAAGCUUACGUCACCUCGAGCGGCCUCUCUGCUAACGUGAAAUUUGUAGCCUCUCAGUUGUUAGAAAUGUAUCCGCAGGCUGUUCAUACCCUGAGUUCUACAUGUGCCUUAAAUAUAUGGCUGGCCAAAGUGGUUCCUGUGGCCGGGGUUUCCAUUGUUCUUGGUACUCUGAAAGAUCUUUACUCCUUUUUCCAAAAAUUGCCCCAGCUGAAAGUAGAAUUGGAAAGGACUAUCCACGUCCUCUUUCAAGGUAACGAGGAGAAGGCAGCCGAUUAUAAGAACUUACUCCAAACCGAGUGGAUAAGCAGACACGAUACGUUCGAGAUUAUAGUUGGCCUUCUGCAGGCCUUUAUCCUCUGCCUGGACAAAAUUGCUUCGGAUAACUCUUUUAAAUGCAACACAAAGGUAACCAGCCGUGCAUUUAUUCUCUCAAGUGCCUUGAGCGAUUUUGACUUUCUUGUGACUGCUGUGAUAUUAAAGAAUGCCCUGUCCUUCACACGAGCGUUUGGGAAAAAUUUACAAGGCCUGACCUCGGACAUAUUCUCUGCAGCCAACAGUUUGACUGCAGUGCUUCACUCGCUGAAUGAGGUGAAAGAAAACAUUGAGGUGUAUCAUGAGUUUUGGUUUGAGGAGGCUACCAACCUCGCAGAGAAGCUUGGUGUCCAAGUCAAGCUGCCAAGCAGAUUUCAUACGUUGCAGCUGACCGAUCUCCAGCCGGAUUUAACGGUGGAAAGCUUUUACAAAGAUGCACUCAGCCUCCCAACUGUUGAACAUGUGAUUCAAGGACUGAAAGAUAUAUUUUCAGAGCAGCAUUUAAAAGCGCUCAAAUGCUUAUCAUUAGUUCCCUCUGUGAUGGGCCAGCUGAAAUUCAGCACCAGCGAGGAGCACAAUACUGACAUGUACAAAUGUGAUCUACCCAACCCCGACACACUCUCCGCCGAGCUCCAUUGUUGGAGGGUGAAGUGGAAACACAGAGGAAAAGACGUGGAACUUCCGUCGAACAUCUACGAGUCUCUCCACUUGUCAGACAUAAAGUUCUUCCCCAACGUUUUGGCUCUCCUGAAAGUUCUCUGCACCCUCCCCGUGAUCCGAGUGGACAACGAGAAGUAUGAGGUUGGACGGAAGCGAUUGAAGGAGUAUCUGAAAAACACGGCUGUAGAGCACAGGUCAUGCCAACUGGCAAUGCUGAACAUAAAUUAUGAUUCAAAACAUGAUUUAGAUUUAAUGGUUGACACUUACAUUACAAUGUACGAGGAAAACAGAGCUGUGGCCAAUUCAGAAAUGUCUGAAGAGGUUUGAGAUUUGCCAGUGGGGUAUUUAUUAUUGAGAUUUUGAGAGCAACGAAAGAAAAAUGGAACGAGAAACCCUAAGCUACUUGUUUUGUGUCUUUUUGUGAAUGGAAAAACGAGAAUGUCUUAAUGCAGAUCUUUUAAAAAGGUCGUUGAACAUGUAACUUUUGUGCGUUUGAUAUUUCAAUACUUUUAUAAUAGGGCAGUAGACCGUUGUAAGCUGACGCUUGUUUUUUUUGUUCUUUUUUUCAUUUUUAUGAAAUACGUGGAGCCCUGUAUAUAUGUACAUGGCGUGCUAAAUGUUUUAUGAAUAUUUAAAGCAGAUGCCAUAAGUGUGUGUAGCACUUUAAGCGAUUGUUGCCACAGUUACUCAUGGAUGCUCUGAUUUGCCAGAGGGGUUAACCAGAAGACUCUUCUUUCAUUGUAAAAGGAGGAGAACUAGUUGUGAUUUUCCCACAACACGUUAAAUAUGUACAAAUUUCCUGUUUGUAUUUUUAUACAGAAAAUUGUCCUUUUUUUUUUUUUUUUUGCCAAGAAAACGGCUGUUUCUAGAGGAAACUUGUUUUAAGAAUCCAAUAAAAUAUUCUUAAAUGUG